CUGGGUCUUUUCUGGCUUGAGUGACAGCUUGGUGGGGGCAGGAUCUUGGUGCUGAGAGACAAAGAGAGACUUUUCCGGUGACCGUGGAGGCCGGGACGCUGCCCGCCGGACUCAGAGCCGAAAGAAACCUCCUCUUUGUGCCCAGAAGGGAGUGUGUGUAAGAGAAAAAUGGAGUUGUGUGCUCCGAAACAAUCCAAGUCUUUUGGGAAACCUUGGGCAGCGAUUUCCAGUGACACUGCCUGAGAUGUCAACCUGUCUGGAUGCUGAAAAAGCACAGAAUUUUUUGAUGCCUUCUGGUUUGAAGAAUCUCCAGCUGCUCUGAUGAUAGCUUAAGAAGACUGCAUGCUGUGCCCUCUCGAUGCCAAGCCCAGCCCACUCAGAACCUCAGAGCUCAGUCCUUCAUGGAGACCAGGUCUCAGCAGGAAUGGCAGUGGAGGAAAUUGGCACCCAGAUGGUUCCUCCACAUGAAGUUGUCCGGGGCUAUGGGCCGACUCGAGAACACCUGGUAACCAGACCAGCCCUGUGUCAGUCACCCAGGGCAGGGCAGCAUGGCGCGGAUUCAGAGGAGGAAGCUUUUGGCCUCUUGCCUGUGCAUCACAGCUACUGUCUUUCUGCUUGUCACACUCCAGGUAGUGGUUGAGCUGGGAAAAUUUGAAAGGAAGAAGUUUAAAAAUUCCAAUUUGCGAGAUGCACAUGCAGAAAUGGAGAGAGAGCCUACACAUCUCUAUCCAUUCCUUGAGAAGGAAGCACUGACCCUGAAUAGGAAAAGAAAAUUGGAAACUGAGAGCUACCCCAUUAUGCUCUGGUGGUCCCCACUGACUGGGGAAACUGGAAGGCUCGGCCAGUGUGGAGCAGAUGCUUGUUUCUUCACCAUCAACCGGACCUUCCUACAUCAUCACAUGACCAAAGCGUUCCUCUUCUACGGUACUGACUUUAACAUAGACAGUUUACCUCUGCCUCGCAAAGCCCAUCAUGACUGGGCCCUUUUCCAUGAAGAGUCUCCAAAAAACAAUUACAAGCUCUUUCAUGAGCCAGUCAUCGCCUUGUUCAACUACACUGCCACGUUCAGCCGGCAUUCCCACUUGCCGCUAACUACCCAGUACUUGGAGGGCAUAGAAGUCCUGAAGUCACUCCAAUACCUUGUCCCUUUGAGGUCCAAAAACAGCCUUCGAAAAAGACUGGCUCCGCUGGUGUAUGUUCAGUCAGACUGUGACCCCCCAUCAGACAGAGACAGCUAUGUUCGAGAGCUGAUGACUUACAUCGAGGUCGAUUCCUAUGGUGAGUGUUUGCGGAACAAAGAUCUCCCUCAACAGCUGAAAAACCCAGCCUCUAUGGACGCUGAUGGCUUUCACAGGAUCAUUGCUCAGUAUAAGUUUAUCCUUGCUUUUGAGAAUGCGAUCUGUGAUGACUACAUCACUGAGAAGCUCUGGAGACCUCUGAAACUGGGGGUAGUCCCUGUGUAUUAUGGAUCCCCCAGCAUCGCAGACUGGCUUCCAAGUAAUAGAAGUGCUAUUCUCGUAUCAGAAUUUUCUCACCCCAGAGAACUGGCAACUUACAUCAGACAACUGGAUCAUGAUGACAGACUGUACGAGGCCUACAUAGAGUGGAAGCUGAAGGGUGAGAUCUCUAAUCAGCGACUUCUCACAGCUCUCAGGGAACGGAAAUGGGGCGUGCAAGACAUCAACCAGGACAACUACGUCGAUGCAUUCGAGUGUAUGGUGUGCAACAAGGUGUGGGAGAAUAUUAGGCUUCAGGAAAAGGACACCAUGCUGCAGAUGCUGGGCAGUGAGACAAGGAGGCUGCACAGGAGGGAAGAAGGCCAAAAAUUUAAAAAAUUGAAAGUUCUGAAUCUCAUCCACAUAGUCAGUCCUUCAACCUCUCUUCAAUGCUGUGGUUUCUGCCAGACCCCUCACACUCAUGCCCCACGGCUGCCAUUUUGAAACUUAUUUUCGUUUCACAUACACAAUCAAUUAACCUCUCUGAUUCCUGCUCUUUCUCUUUCUGGCAUACACACAUAUGCUUAUUAAUAUCUAGAAACUGUUUAAAUAAUAGUGAGGAUAAUCCUACAAGGCUUCUUUUCCUGAAAUUAUUGUUAAUGAAGUUCUUAGUAAUGUCUUUAAAUUUCUUGAUGCCCUUAACGUUUGUUUAUUUGCUGACUUUAUUUAUUUAUCCCAGGAAUGGUCCCACUUUGUGUAUCACUGAAUUCGUUAAAGGUAAUUUAUUGAAAGAAAAAGGAAGGUUAGUUUCAACUACCUUUGAAAUUUUUAAAAAAUGAGAUGGCCCACACAUACAUCAUUCCCUGGCCUGACUCCUAUAUACACAUAAUGUUUUACCUAAAUUCUCUGAAGGCAGAUAAUUUUUGUUAAAUAUUUAAAUGUUUAUUUUGGAUAGCAUAUUAAUUUCAGUUAAAACAUAAACCUAAACAGUAUAUGGAAUUAUUUUUAUGUAUUGCAUGUAUACUAUCUAAGACUUUCAUUUGCUAAAUAAUGUUUAGACAAAUUUAAAAUAUUUGAAAGAUUAUUUUCCUCAUUUUAAUUAUUAUGAAAAUUUAAAUUCUUUUGUCUGCUUUCGUAUAACAAAUUUUUACUCAUAAAAUCAUUUAUUUUAAGCUGAGUGUCUUGGUCAGCAACAGGAACACUAAAGAUUACAUCAUUCUCAGAGAAUGCAUCCUGAUUUCUAGUGACUUCCUUUAUGACCUAAUUUAAAGGGCCACAUUACAGCAAAAACCAAAAUACACAUGCUACUGCAAAGACACAUAAGAAAGUAGAGACCACAUUAAUUGCCUGUGCUUUACCAGUUAUUUAUUCUGAAAAUACAUCAAAGCUAAAAACAGAACUUCUGAGGGUAACGAUCUGCCUGGGUCAUCUUUCACAAUCCUUUCCAGGCUUGGAGAUUAUAUUUACAGAAAACUCAGAGAACUACACAAACCCUGCCUGCCCCUGCCCGUCACAGAAGCCCUACUGGAAGGACUCCUGGGGCCUGGGAAAGAGGGUAUAAUGACCUUGAUAAAUAGCUUUUUAAAAGAUACAGGAGAAUACAUACUUUCCGGCAUUUCCAACAGAAACAGCUAACUGUGGUAUUUCAGAGUGCCUGAAGGCGGUGUCAUUGAAUGUCCUUCUCUUUGGAGUCUGAAUAAAAUAGAGGGAGUAGCCUGUCCUGCGGUGUGCUCUGAUUCCUCCCAGAGAGGUGGGCCAGGAAGAUGGUUAGAAGGCUUUGCUUGGUUUCAGUGAACCUGUUACACUUCUCAAAUGCUAAUGUGCUCAUUAUUGAAAAGCAGAACAAAACAUACCAUGAAAGGAAAUUAAAGGGGUUUAGACCAGUUGUUUUCAUUUGCAUUCAUUUUACAAGAUUUGUUAUAGCUUAUAUAUAGUAUACCUUAAUGUAAGCUACUUAAAUAUAAGUUUCUUCACUUUUUCUCUUUCAGCCAAAGGAAAGCUGAAAGAAAUAAUAUGAUUUCCUCUAACUCUGGGUAUUUUUUAUCUCGCAGUUGGUAAUAGUUUAAGUCGUUGUAUUUAGGUAUAGAAAAUACUAUUAGAAAAUUAAAUUCAUUUCCCCUUUCUCUACUCUCCAUCUGCUCCUCUCCCUCUUACAAACACACAGACCUAGUGUAUUAUCUACUGCUGUGUACACACUAUUAUCACAAACUUGGUGGCUUGAAAGAACAUACCUUUGUCCCCUCCCCAUUUCUGUGGGCUAGGUCAUGGCUGAGCUGGGUCCCCUCAAGGCUGCAAUCAACGUGUCUCUCAGGGCUGGGUUCUCAUCUGGAGGCUCCACUGGGGGCAGGUCUGCUUCUCAACUCACACACUUGUUGGCAGACUCAGUUUCUUGAGGUUGUAGGACUGAGGGCUUCAGUUUCCUGCUGGCUGGAGGCUGAGGGCUGCCCUCAGCUUCUAGAGGCGGUUCACAGCUCGUUGUCCUGUGGGCUUCCCACCGUGGCUGCUUACUUCCUCAAAGCCAGCAAGGGAGAGUGAGAUUCCAGCAAGACCAGUGCUCCAGUCUUAGGUAUGUAAUCAUCUGACGUAAUCACAUACAUCCUCUCACCUUUGCUGUUUUCCACUGGUUAGAAGCAAGUGACAAGUAACACCCACACUCAAGGGGAGGAGUUACACAAGGGCAUGAAUACCAAGAGCCGGGAACCAUGGGGGCCGUUUUUACUGUGUCCACUACACCAAGUGAAUCUGAGUAGGCUUGUUCGUUGUGUCGUCUGCUUUGUUUAUGUCAGGGAAAGUCUUUCAGUAUUGAAGAGGCCACCUCAUGAGUUAAUUUUAGUCAAGGAGCAUUUAUUGAUAAAUAAUUGUGUCUGUAAAGAAGGUAGAGCAGGGGAGACAGCAGGGAAUCCUCAGAAAUAUAACUUCAUGGAACUCGGAUAAGUUUUUAAAAUAUUAGCUGUAUUGAGGUAUAAUUGACAUACAGUAAACUGCACAUAUUUAAAGUGUACAAUUUGAUUAGUUAGGACAUAUACCUGUGAAACCAUGGCCACAGUCAAGACGACAAGCAUUUCUAUCAUCCUCCAAAGGUUUCCUUAUGUCCCUUUGUAAUCUAUCCCUUCUCCAUGUGCUUCCUCAGGCAACCACCUGUCUGCUUUUUGUCACUUUUGACAAAGACUAAGGCAGUUUUCUAGAGUUUUCUAUAAAUGGAAUCAUGUAGUGUGUUCUCUUUUGUGUCUGGCUUCUUUCACUCUGCAUGAUAAUGUUGACAUUUAUCCACAAUGUUGUGUGUAUCAGGACUUCAUUUCUCUUUAUUGGUGAAGUUUGGACAUACCGAAAUUUCCUUAUCCACCCAUCUAUUGAUGGACAUCUGAGUUGCUUCCAGUUUAUGGCUAUUACAAAUGAAACUGACAUGAACAUUCAUGUACAAGUCUUUGUAUGGAUAUGAGCUUUCAUUUCUCUCUUGUAAAUACCAAGGAAUGGAAUAGCUAGGUCAUAUGGUAGAUAUAUGUUUAACAUUUUGAGAAACGACCAAACUGUUUCCCAGAGUUGUUCUGUCUUACAUUCCCACCAGCAUUGUAUGAAAGUCUAUUCAUGGCCAAUUUGAUGUGGUCAGUCUUUGAAUUUGUGCCAUUCUGGUGGGUGUCUAGUGGUAUCUCACUGUGUUUUAAUUUACAUUUCUCUAGUAACUAAUGAUUUUGAGUAUCUUUUAAUGGCUUAUUUCCCAUAGAUAUCGUCAUUAGUGAAUUGUCUAUUCGAAUCUUUCGCUCAUUUUUAAAAAAUUGGGUUGUUGUUAAUCUUGAGUGGUAAGAAUCCUUUGUAUAUUUUGAAUACAUGUCCUUUGUUAAUUACAAAGUGAACAAAUGUUUUCUUCUAGUCUGGGUUGUCUUUUCAUUUACUUAACAGUAUCUUUUGACAUGUAAAGUUUUUAAAUUUGAUGAAGUCAAAUCAAUUUUGAUUUUGACUCAAAUCAAUUUUUGAUUUGACUCAAAUCAAUUUUUCAUUUGAGUUAAUGAAGCCAAUACAUUUUUUUUCUCUCAUAGUUUCUCUUUUUUGUGUUCUGUUUAAAAAUCUUUGUAUUCUUCAGCAAAAAGAGGAGGAUUGGCAGCAGAUGUUAGCUCAGGGCUAAUCUUCCUCAAAGAAAAAAAACUUUGUCUAACCCGAAGUCACUAAGAGUUGCUUUUAUUUUAUUCUAGAAGUUUUGUAGUUUGAACUUUUACAUUUAGAUCUAUAAUCCACUUAGAGUUAAUUUUUGUAGUGUAGUGUGAUGUAAGAGUUGAGGUUUGUUUAUUUUCGUAUUCAAUUGUAUCAGCACCAUUUGUUGGAAAGAUUAUUCUUUCCUGACUGAAUUACCUUGGCUUCUUUUUCAAAAAUCAGUUGGCCAUAUAUGUAUGGGUCAGUUUCUGAACUGAUGAAUAUGCCUGUAUUUGAGUACUGUAGCUUUAUAAGAAGUCUUGAAAUGAGGUAGUCUCAAUCAUCCAACUUUGUUUUUUUUCAAAAUUAUUUUCACUAUUUUAGAUCUUUUGCUUUUCUGUAUAAAUUUUAGAUUCAGUUUGUCAAAUUAUAUGAAAAUUCUUGACGGGAUUUCUGUUGAGACUGUGUUUAAUCUAUCUAUCAGUUUGGAGAAUUGAUAACAAUAUUGAGACAUUUAAUACAUAAGAAUGAUGUAUCUGUCCAUUUAUUUAGGUCUUCUUUAACUUCUGUAGACAAUGUUUUGUAGUUUCUUAUGUACAAGUUUUAUAACUUUUUGGUUAAAUUUAUCCCUAAGUAGUUAAUGUUUUUUGAUACUAUAAUAAAUCGUAUUUUUUUAAACUCUAUUUUUUGAUUGUUUGUUGCUAGUAUAUAGAAAUAAAAUUGAUUUUGUUUAUUGACCUUGUAUACUGCAUUCUUGUUAAACUCACUGAUUAGUUCUGGUAUCUG